UCGGACAACGAGGGUCAUACAAGGCUGUAGCCUACCUCUUGCAUUUUCGCUAUUUUACUACGGGCCGAGCUCUUGUGAGGCCAGCCAAGUUGCUGUUCUGCCGUUGUGAAAAGAGGGUGGGAGCGCAACUUACUGAUGGAGAAGCAGGCAGUGGACAGUGCCAGGAAGGCCUUCCUCUCAGGCAGGUCGCGACCCCUGCAGUUCAGGCUUCAGCAACUCCGAAGCCUGCAUAGGCUCAUCACAGAGAAGGAGUCGGAGAUAGCUGCUGCUCUCAAACAGGAUAUUCAUCGAAGCCAGUUUGACACUCCUCUGUUCGAACUAAUUGGGCUGGAAAAUGACAUCAAGUUGGCAGAGAGCAGUCUGGCAGACUGGGCCGCCCCGCGUCCGGCCAAGAAGAACCUCCUCACACUGUCGGACCAGGUGUACACGCAAGCAGAGCCGCUGGGCGUGGUGCUCAUCAUCGGAGCCUGGAAUUACCCGUGGGCCCUCACGCUGCAGCCUCUCAUCGGAGCCAUCGCUGCCGGAAAUGCUGCUGUGGUGAAGCCCUCUGAGCUGAGCAAGCACUCUGCCAGUCUCCUCAAGGAACUGCUCCCUCAGUAUUUGGACCAGGAGAUGUAUCCCGUGGUGUUGGGAGGCGUCCCUGAGACCCAGGAGCUGCUUGGGCAGCGGUUCGACCACAUCUUCUACACGGGGAACAGCACUGUGGGGAAGCUGGUGAUGGAGGCGGCCGCUCGCCACCUCACCCCCGUCACCCUGGAGCUGGGAGGGAAGAGCCCCUGUUACAUCGACAAAGACUGUGACCUCAGCAUUGCCUGUCGUCGCAUCACUUGGGGAAAGUUUGCUAAUUGUGGUCAGACUUGCAUUGCACCUGACUACAUCCUGUGUGAGCCUGGCAUCCAAGAACGAGUUGUUGAAGAGAUUCAGCGGACAUUGCGGGAGUUCUACGGUGAAGACCCUAAAACCUCACCAGACUAUGGUCGCAUCAUUAACCAGCACCAUUUUGAUCGUGUCAUGGCUCUCCUGGAAGGCAGCUCUGUGACUGUGGGUGGGAAGAAUGAUAGAGAAGAAUGUUACAUUGCCCCCACUAUCUUGCGUGAUGUGUCCCCCCAUGCCAGGCUCAUGCAGGAGGAGAUCUUUGGGCCUGUCCUGCCCAUCGUCUCCAUCAAUGGCGUGGACGAGGCCAUUCGCUUCAUCAACGACCGGGAGAAGCCCUUGGCUCUAUAUGUCUUCUCACAGGAUAAGAAGGUGAUAAAGCGAAUGCUGUCUGAGACGUCCAGUGGUGGAGUGACUGUUAAUGAUGUCAUCAUGCAUUAUACAAUCAACUCCCUUCCCUUUGGUGGUGUCGGAAACAGUGGGAUGGGUGGCUACCACGGCAAGCACACCUUCGACCGUCUUAGUCACCACAGGUCCUGUCUCAUCAAAGCCCUGGCCAUGGAGGGCAUGAACCAGGUGCGCUACCCGCCCCAGAACACCGCUCAGCUGAAGAGGGCCAAGUUCUUCAUGUUAACUCGCCUCUGCAGCUGUGCUCGGUUCACCUGCGUCUGGGCUGUGCUGGCCACCAUGGUGGCGCUAGCCCUGCUAAUUGCACUGCUGGUGGUGCUGCUCAAGGACACUCCAGAGUGAUGGCUGCUACUUCCAACUCCACUGCCACACAAUGAAAUGGUCACUAAUACUUUUAUAAUAGCAUCGUAUCCAUCAUAAGGGCAUUAACCACUUUGUUUACUAACCUACAUACAUAGUAGCACUUCUUUGUAACUAUACUACUGAUAAAAGUGCCAUUGUACUGAAUUGUAUUUUCCUAUUCUACCUUUCUAUUCUAUCUCUUGCACUUUAUCACAAUCAUUGAGUGUAGAACAUGCUUUCAAGGAGAUGUAUUUGUCUCUUUCAUGUCUCAAAUUCUUAAACCUAAAAGAGUUGUUUGAAAUUGUAAUCCAACACACUUUUUGUCUAAAUCAGUGACUUGCUCCUCAUGCUCCUCUAGCAGUCCAUGCUGUCUGUUUACAAUGCGUGCACUGUUUAUCUCCUGGCUCUGUGGAAAUGUAAAACAAAGUGCCUUAAAACGGAGCGGUACACUGUUCCAGCCAAUCAAUGCGGCUGCUUCAGGAGCACAGUCACAGUCAUUUAAUUGUCAACCUUGCGGCAGAAUCGCGAACUAUAACUGAUCUGUUCUUAAUCUUAUCUUGCCUCUAAUACAUGUUUGUCAUUAUGUAUAAUAGAAAAAACAUCUUAACUUCCUUAUCUUUACUCCCCCAUCUGUUUUAUUUUCAUCUGGUGCUAAACAUCCAGAUUGCAAAACUAAUUUUGGUCUUCCUUCCUUGAGGGAAAAAGUACUUGAUCCUGUCUGACACUAGAUGGCAUUAUUUGGCCAUCUAGACUCUGUAUGUGGCAAGUAGGAUGUCUCACAUCCUAAACCUGCUGCUAAUCAUUGGGACCGAAAACAUGUAUUGAGCCUUUAGGGACUACUGCUAUAUGCUAAGCAUUUUUAACACAACUUUCAAAGUUGCACAGUGAGAAUGUAAUACUCUUUUUUAGAAAAAUAUCAGAACAUUUAGGUCUGAGGUUGUAAUGGACAAAGGUAAUAAUGUUUACACUAACUUUUUUGUGGGGUGAUAUUAUUCAGUUGAAAUGCAAUGUGUUUGUUAUGAGAUGAAGUUCAGCAGCACAGUCAGUAAUACAGCACAAACAAUGUCAAUAGAUAAAUAAUGAAUAAAAUAA